CCCAGUACACUUGCCAGCAGUGUCAGCGAGGGCUCAACUUCCUUUGGUGAAGUGGAUUUACUUGAACUUGAAGGAAGGGAAAAAAAUGUCUCCACUUCUGAGAAGCAUCUUCAAUAUCACUGAAAUGUUCAAUCAAUAUGCCUCACAUGAUUGUGAUGGGGCAGCACUAAGCAAGAAAGACCUGAAGAACCUCCUUGAAAGGGAAUUUGGAGAUGUCCUUCAGAGACCACAUGACCCUGAGACAGUAGAUCUGAUCCUGCAACUUCUGGAUCGCGACUGUAACGGGCUCGUCGAUUUCAAUGAAUUCCUCCUGUUCGUUUUCAAGGUGGCUCAAGCUUGUUAUUACGCUCUCAGCCAGGCUUCCGGGCUAGAUGAGAAGCGGGCCACGUGUGAGGGAAAGGAGAACCCAUUACAAGAUCCCAGGCAAGCCGACCAAAGGAGAUUUGAGCCCCAGGACAGGCAAUUGGAAGAACGCAGGCAGAAGAGGCAAGAACUAGAGAGGGAGCUCGCUGAGGAAGAGAAGCCUCGGCUGCAGAAGCGAGAACGGGAAGAGAGCCUUAAGGAGGAAGAGCAUCUGCAGAGGCGCAAGGGUCGGGAACCAGAGAAAUUUCCUGACCAAGAGCAAAGGCGAGAGAGGCGGGAGCUGCGCGACCUCCAGGGGAAAGAGCAGCUGCAAAGGCUAGAACGCCAAGAGCAACGUAAGCGAGCGCUCCGGGAAGAGCAGUUGCAACGGCAGAGGGGCGAGGAGCCGCGCUUGCAGCAGGAGCUGAGGCGUGAGCAAGAGGAGAGACGCGAACAAGAACUGAGGCGCGAGGAGGAGCGCUUGGGGCAGCAGCUGAGGCGGGAGCAGGAGGAGAGACGCCAGCAGCUGAGGCGCGAGGAGCCGGAAGAAAGACGCGAGCAAGACCUAAGACGCGAGCAGGAGAGACGCGAGCAAGAACUGAGGCGCGAGGAGUCCCGCUUGCAGCAGCAGCUGAGGCGCGAGCCGGAAGAGAGACUCGAGCAGCAGCUGAGGCGCGAGCAGGAGGAAAGACGCGAGCAGCUGAGGAGCGAGGAGCCCCUCUUGGAGCAGGAGCUGAGGCGGGAACAGGAGGAAAGACGGGAGCAGGAAGAGAGACUCGAGCAGCAGCUGACGCACGAGCAGGAGGAAAGACGUGAGCAGCUGAGGCGCGAGGAGCAGCGCUUGGAGCAGGAGCUGACGCGCGAGCAGCAGCUGAGGAGAGAGGAGCCGCGCCAGGAGCAAGAGCUGAGGCGCGAGCAGGAGGAAAGACGCGAGCAGCUGAGGCGCGAGGAGCAGCGCUUGCAGCAGGAGCUGAGGAGAGAGGAGCCGCGCCAGGAGCAAGAGCUGAGGCGCGAGCAGGAAGAGAGACUCGAGCAGCAGCUGAGGCGCGAGCAGGAAGAGAGACUCGAGCAGCAGCUGAGGCGCGAGCAGGAGGAAAGACGCGAGCAGCUGAGACGCGAGGCGCCCCGCUUGGAACAGAAGAAGCGGAAAGAGCAGCUGAGACGCGAGGAGCCGCGUUUGGAGCAGCUGCUCAGGCGCGAGCAGCAGCUGGCUGAGGAGGAGGUGGAACAGGAAGAGGCCCGGGAGCGGGACAAGAGCCGCGCCCCAAGGUGGCAGUGGCAGCUCGAAAGUGAGGCAGAAGCUCGUCAAAGCAAAGUCUACUCCAGGCCCCGCAAGCAGGAGCAGAGGCACUGGCAGGAGCAGGAGAACCGGCGGCGCCAGGAGCGCGCGCUGCAACUCCGGGAGGAGGAGGACGACCAGUGGCAGCGCGGGUUCCGGCCCCUCCGGGAAGAGCGCGAACCGCGACUGCAACGGGAGGAGCAGGUACGCCUGCAGUGGGAGGAGGAAGAGCAGCGCCGCGACUUCAAAUGGCAGGCGGAGAAAGACAGCGAGAGGCGCCGCCAGAGGCUGUCGGCCAGGCCCGCUUUGCAGGAGCUGCGGGAGAGGCGGCUAAGAGCGGAGGAGCUGCAGGAACUGGAACCGUUCCGUGAGGAGGAGCAGCAGCGCCGCCAGCGACUGGAGAGGGAGCCGGAGCAGCGGGUCCGUGAAGAGAAGCAGUUGGAGGAGAGCUUCCAAGAGGAUCGGGAGAGGAAGCUACGCCAGGAAGAGCAGCGCCGCGAUCAGAAAUGGAGGUGGCAACCAGAUGAGGAAAGCCAGAGACGCCGCCACAUAGUGUACGCCAAGCCAGCUGAACGAGAGCAGCUGAGGGAAGAAGAGCAGCUGCAGAGAGAGGAACGCGAGAAGAGGAGGCGCCAGGAGCGCGACAGGAAGUUCCGCGAGGAGGAGCAGCUCCUGCAGGAAAGGGAAGAACAGAAGUUCCGCGAGGAGGAGCAGCUCCUGCAGGAAAGGGAAGAACAGCUGCGCCGCCAGGAGUGCGACAGUAAGUUCCGCGAGGAGGAGCAGCUCCUGCAGGAAAGGGAAGAAGAGCAGCUGCGCCGCAGGGAACGUGAGCAACAGCUUCGCCAGGAGCGCGACAGGAAGUUCCGCGAGGAGGAGCAGCUCCUGCAGGAAAGGGAAGAACAGCUGCGCCGCCAGGAGUGCGACAGUAAGUUCCGCGAGGAGGAGCAGCUCCUGCAGGAAAGGGAAGAAGAGCAGCUGCGCCGCAGGGAACGUGAGCAACAGCUUCGCCAGGAGCGCGACAGGAAGUUCCGCGAGGAGGAGCAGCUCCUGCAGGAAAGGGAAGAACAGCUGCGCCGCCAGGAGGAACGUGAGCAACAGCUUCGCCAGGAGCGCGACAGGAAGUUCCGCGAGGAGGAGCAACUCCUGCAGGAAAGGGAAGAACAGCUGCGCCGCCAGCAGGAGGAGCAGAGGCGCGGUCGCCAAGUCUGGGAGGAAGGAGACAAGGGCAGUCAGCAGGCUCUGGAGUCCGGUAAGGGUCAGUUUGCCAGUGUUCCGGUGCGCUCCAGCCCUCUCUAUGAGUACAUCCAAGAGCAGAGAUCUCAGUACCGCCCUUAAGAGAUGCUGCCAAUAUCCGGACACCUGCCAAAGCUUCCAGCAAAGGAAAAUGAGAAACACUGGAUACCAAAUGACUCAAAUGUUUCUGGUUGUGGGAGAACGCUCUAAUGUUCCAAAAUCUUUUUUUCCAAAACUACACUCAUUUCAUGUACCUGUUACUCUUGCUUUUUAUUCUUCCUGAAAUUAUUCUUUACUGCAGGAUGUCUUUGCUCUUUGGUGCAGAUGUGGUGUGCAUUUUUUAAAAAUAUAAAUCAUUUAAUUUGUUUAAGGAGUUUGGGGAACGUUAAUUUAUUGCUUUCAAAAGUAAAAAAGAAUAUGAUUUAAGAUUCAAUAAAACUGGGUCUGUUUUUUAAUGGUUGAUCCAUCUUUUGGAGAAUUUAGAUAUUUUUAAUGUUCCAGUUGGCAUUUCUUCUUGAGCAUAAACUGCAUUAAUAUUUGCCUCCAAAUAGACUGGCUUUUGUGGCAUAAUUAGCACAGAUUGUACAAGGGCACUAAAUUUUUACAACCCUUGACUAGCACAGGGGGAGUGACUUCUACAGAAAAACUCCCUCUGAAAUCAGCCCCUAACUGGAAGAAAUAUCUGUUAUGAAGAAGGUUUAGCUUCAAGACUUAGAAUUUGAAUUAGAUUUUUUUUCACACUUGAUAAGCACUUAAAAUCUCAUGAAGCAAAAGCAAGGUGUUUCUCAAACAACUCCAGAGUUCAAAUUUUAAAUCUGUCUACUUUAGUCUGUUGUGCUCAGUUCUUUUCCCCCAGUCUUUGAUGAGUUUGAGAAUUUUACUACCUUUGUUCAUUUUAACUGAGAAGGAACCUGCUCAGGAUCCUGUAAGCAUCUGUUUAGCACUAGAGCCAAUAAGAGAUCACAGCAUUUUGGGGGAGGGGAAGGGAAAAUUUGUGAACAGGAGGGCAAGUUCCUAGAGGCCCUUAGAUGAGACCCAUCAGCCCACAAUCCUUUGAGGCCUAUUGAUACUAUCUUGGAUACUUUCCCGUUGAAAUGAUUGGACCGUGUAAAAAAUAAUAAAUGUUUGGCAAACAAUUA